AUGCCACAGCCGCUGCAGGAGCUGCUGGAGACGAGGCAGGCGCUGGAGGUCAUCCCCGGCGUGCUGUACUUCGCCUCCGUGGGUGAGAAGCUGCGGUCGAUGGGGGAGCAGGUCGGCUCCGCGGCCUCGUCGCGGUCGGGGUCCUUGCGGCCGGGGGAAUUCCCGCGGGAGGAUGCGAUUGAGGCGUCUGCCGCCUGCGCCGUGCUGGCGGCGUCGGCGGCGGAGUCGCUGGAUGGCGACGGCAGGCGUCCCGACCCCCCACACGCCCGGCCCCGCACGCCGCCGAUAAAUAUUCAGCGUGUGCGCUCAGACGUCGCCCACUCCGUCGUUUUGCGCCACGCGCUGCUGCUCGACAACGGCGGCGCAGGCGGCUUUGGCGGCGAGUACGCGCACAGGGCCUUUUACUUCUCCGUGAAUGAGAGCCCGUCUUUCCAGUACUGCCCCUACUUUGCGGACUUUGGCCCACUGGGGCUGGACGCCGUGACGCGGUUCUCGCGCAGCCUCGCCGCCCUGCUGGAGCGCUGCGUCGCGUACGGCUGGCGCACCGACGCUGGCGGCGGGCGGGGGGCGGUGUUUGGGCCGCGCGAGUUUCUCUCCGGCAGGGACCUGCGGCACCGCGGGGAGGCGGCCGCGCCCCCCAACCUCCCCAUUGUGUUUUGCAGCGGGCUGGGCAACCACGAGCGCGCCAAUGCGGCGUGCCUGCUCGCCUGCUUUUGCGUGGCCGCGCUGCGCUGGUCGGCGGAGGCGACGUGGCGCGUGUUUCAGGCCUGCUACCCGCCGAUCAUCCCCUUCCGCGACGCCAGCUGCGGCGCGUCCACGUUUCCGCUGCUGAUCCCGGACGUCAUCGCGGGUCUGGAAAAGGCUAUCGCGUUAGGCUGGUACGACGUUCGCGACUUCGACCUCGCGGAGUACGCGCGGCUGCGGCGCUACGACUGCAACUGGGUCGUGCCGCACGUCUUUCUCGCCCUGUCGUCGCCCGACAGCCACGUUCCCGGGCGCGGCGCGGAGGUGUACGCCAGGCUCUUUCAGCAGCUGCGGGUGACGCACCUGGUGCGGCUCAACGAGUCGCUCUACCGGCGUGAGACGUUCCUGGCGGGCGGGGUGCAGCACUUCGACCUGCAGUUUGCCGACGGCAGCGCCCCCACCGACGACAUCAUCAACCGCUUUUUGAAGCUCGUGGAGCCCGUUUUGCUCCCGUCGCAGCGGCAGCGGAAGCGGCAUAAGCAGAAGGGCACGGUGUCAAGUCGGCAGGUGGCCGCGGGGGCCCAAGGCGGCGGAGGCGCGGUUGCGCUGCACUGCCGCGCAGGCCUGGGGCGAACAGGCACGCUGAUAUGCGUCUACAUGAUGCGGCACUUUGGACUCACCGCACGGGAAAGCAUCGGGUGGAUUCGCCUCUGCCGCCCAGGGUGCGUCAUGGGCGUGCAGCAGGGGUUUCUGGAGCGGCUGGAGCGGCGGUUGUCGCGGCCGGCGAGGGACGCCGAAGUGCUGCGAGCCGAGCAGUCCACGCGGGGCUCCGGCUCUCGCUACACCGACGCCGGCGGCAACUGCACGUGCCGGAUCCACGGCCCCCGGCAAGUGUCGUCCGCGCCCGCCUCGCGUGGGUGCCGCACGGCGGACGCGGCGGAGUCACGGGGCGCAGAGCCACGACGGUUCCUGGCGGUGCACGAUGCCGCCGCCCUUCCCCGGCGCUCGCUGAUGCGCAGCUUCAAGCACCCCGCCUCCUACUUUCUCGCGCUGGAGCAGAAGGAGAAGUCGCGGAGGACCCCGGCGUCGGCGCCGCCAGGGCCCGCGCGGAUUUAUGCCGAAGAGCGUACGUCGCCAGUCGGCGAUGAGUGCUCCGCCCCGCUCGUGCCGCCGCGGCCACUGCCCUCUUCCUCCCUCGUGUCUCUCUUGGCGCCGCCGUCCAGGGCGCACGGGGGGCAGAAGAGCAGCGGGGCCGACGCGGAGAGUGAGGGCACGGCGCACGGCUGCCCCAACGGCUCUGCGGGCGGCACCCCAUCGCCCAGGCCGCCGCCCUCCUCGCUGCCCCCAAACCUCUUCACGCCGCGGAGCCUGCCGUCUACGUGGGGCGUCUGCGCCGCGAAGUCCGACCCGCACGCCGGCGCACGACCUCCACGGCUCCUACAGGGAAGACACGGGCACCUGUCGGACGGUGCCGCCAGUGUCAGCGGCAACCACGACGCCUCAGACAUGGAUGAAGGGAGUGCGUCGCACUGGUCCACUGGGCCUAGGAAUUCGCUUAGAACCGGCUCCAACUUUCGCGCUGCCUCGGCGAACGGCGCCACAACACGCGGCCCGUGCUUCUCAACCACCUCGGAGCCCUCCGUCGGAGGCACAGCGCCGCCGUCAGUGCCGCCCCAUCCGCCGACGAAGCGCCUCCUCCUGCUUGCCAGGAAGGCAGCCGCCGCAGCCGCAGCGGACGCUGCAUUGACGGAUCCCGGAUGGGGGGCGGUCGCGGUGCGGUUGGAGCCGUAG